AUGAGGGAAGAGUAGAUCGAGAGAUCGACAGUGCGACGCCCGCAGUAAUGUGGACCCUUUAUCAAUCCGUUGUGGUGAAGAAAGAGCUGAGCCAGAAGGCAAAGCUCUGAAUUUACCGGUCGAUCUACGUUCCCAUCCUCACCUAUGGUCAUGAGCUUUGGGUUAUGACCGAAAGGACAAGUACAAGGGUACAAGCGGCCGAAAUGAGUUUUCUCCUUUGAGUGGUGGGGUCUCCCUUAGAGAUAGGGAGGAGCUCAGAGUAAAGCAGCUGCUCCUCCACAUUCAGAGGAGCCAGGUGAGGUGGUUCAGGCAUCUGGUCAGGAUGCCCCCUGAACACCUCCUUGGGGAGGUGUUUAGGGCGUGUCCAACCGGCAAGAGGCCUACGAGGAAGACCCAGGACACAUUGAAGGCACUAGGUCUCCCAGCUGGCCUGGGAAUGCCUCUGGAUCCCCCAAGAGGAGCUGGACAAAGUGGCUGGGGAAAGGGAAGUCUGGGCUUCUCUGCUUAGGCUGCUGCCCCCACGACGCAACCUCGGAUAAGCGGAAGAAGGUGGAUGGAUAAUUUAUAAUAAAAUGUCAUUUUAAAAAUGGAUUCUUGAGUAUAAUUAAUCAAUUCACAAUUUUGUAAUGAACAAGAAUUGUGAUUGGAUGUAAAUCCAUUGUUUUCUGGCACUAAUAAAAUGCGCCCAUAACUUUUGAGUUAUGCUGCUAACUAACUAAAAAACAGACAGAAAAACAAACCCCAGCAAAUAGAUAUACUUCCUCCUGGCGGAGGUAAACAAAAACAAGUCGCGUUAAAAUAAAGGCAAUAGGUUGGGAUUUACUUAAGAUAUCACCACCCCCACUUGACUAACAUAACGGGUGAGCACUAAUAAGCAAAGCAAGCUUUUGGUUCCAGAAAAAAUAAAUAGUAUGACACCCCUUUGAAGCCUAUCCAAUGGAAAACAAAAGCUCUGAAAGCCCUCUCCAAACCAGCUCUGAAACUAUGACAGUUUAAAAAUAGUAUGCGUGAUGCUAUAAAGUGUUUUACAAUGAACAUCGGGUGUGUUCAAACUUUUUUCAGCGAGGGUCGCAUACAGAAAAAUUGAAAGGUCAAGAUUAUUUAUUCUCUUUAAAAUGACAAUUGGGCUGUUUUAGUUUUGUGAAUACAAAACCGUUAAAGCAAUCUGAAGUGAGGAACAUUAUUUACAAAGGUUCAAACCAAUGUGACUUGAGGACGACAGGGGCAUUUUGGAGAUUUGUCAUCCAAGGUUUUAUUUACCAUAUGCUUAUGUGACUCACCACAAAGUGGAGUGCACAGGGUCUUGUGCUUUAACACCAUCAUGUUGAGCUCACCGAGCACAUUCUGGUAUUUUAGUGCCAAGUGUGAACAGACCGUUGAUGACUGCAGUCAAAGUUAUGUAAAGGUUAGUAGGUUACUGUAGGUGUGUACCGACUAAUAAACUAAUAUGACUAAUGCAUUCAAUGGGAGAGGGGCAAGAAGAGCAAAACUUAGCAUUUAACACAAAGGGUACACGUGGGCUUGGGAAAAGUGUGUAUGAGGUUAGUUAGGGGGAGGGUACGGUUGGUCAUAGGGGUGGUAAGUGGCGAUAGAUGGUGCAGAUCUGACACUUCUCUGUUUAAGGGCAUUGUUGUGGUGUGGCUACAGGCUGCGGCUGGGGGGACCCGGCUAUGUGGGAGAAGAGACUGUAAAGGUGGAACUAUGAGUGUGAUCCUAGACCUUUCUUACAUCUACUCCAUCAUCAUCUCCUCGGUGGUGGCCAUUGUCUACACGCUCCUAGGGGGGCUCUACUCUGUGGCUUACACAGAUGUCAUCCAGCUCAUCCUCAUCUUUAUCAGCCUGUGGGUGUGUGUCCCUUUUCUGUUGACCAACCCUCACUCCAUGGACAUCUCAGUGACGGCCUAUAACCAGAGCUUCCAGGCUCCAUGGAUUGGCAAGGUGGAGCUUAAUGAAGCUGGCAAGUGGUUUGACGACUUCAUGGUGCUGGCUCUGGGUGGAUUGGCCUACCAAGCGUUCUACCAAAGGAUCCUGUCCGCCUCAUCUUACACCCAAGCUCAAGUGACCUGCUUUGCCUCGUCGGCCUUUUGCCUGGUGCUUGGUGUCCCCUCUAUACUCAUCGGAGCUGUUGCUGCGUCUACUGACUGGAACUCAACCAUUUAUGGACUACCAACUCCAUAUGAGCGUGGAGAGGCAGGUUCCAUCCUCCCCAUCGCCCUACAGUCCCUCACACCUACCUAUGUGUCCAUCAUUGGCAUUGGAGCUGUAGCUGCUGCUGUCAUGUCCUCCAUGGACUCGGCCCUGCUGUCUUCUGCCUCAUUGUUCUCCUCCAACAUCUACAAGAACAUCCUCCGAAAGCAGGCAUCAGACCGUGAGAUGCAGUGGGUGAUUCGUAUCUCAGUGGUGGUUGUAGGUCUGGCUGGUACUGGCCUUACCUUCCUGGACAGCAGUGUUCUGGUCUUCUGGCUUGUGGGUGUUGACAUGUCCUUCACCAUCAUGUUCCCUCAGCUGGUUUGCAUUCUCUUCUUCAAGGUGUCCAAUGGCUACGGGGCCAGUUUGGGCUUCUUAGUAGGAAUCCUCAUGAGAAUCCUAAGCGGAGAGCCCCUCAUCGGCUUGCCGCCCGUCAUCCGCUACCCCGGCUGCCGGCUGAACGCUGAAGGCACGCUCACCCAAUAUUUCCCCUUCCGCACUACUAUCAUGGUCACCUCACUGCUAUCCAUCCUGCUGUUUUCCUGGCUGGCGAGUAUCAUUUUUAACAAAGGCCUGUUGUCUGAGAAGUGGGAUUUGUACAAGAUCAAACGCAAGCAGAAAGUACCUGCAGACAAGAACACGAGUGAAAACAAAGAAGAGGCCUCCGUGGCUAAGCAGUUACUGGACACCACCAGCUGCUGAGGUGUUUCAAAGGGAGCAGAUGAUGGGUCGUGACAGGAGGAAGACAUGCACAGAGGGCUACAGAGUCUUGACAUGAGAGUGUCUCUACAGAAACAGGAGUGUGUGUCACAUCCUGUACAGAUCAACAUCAACAUGUCCUCUGAACACCUUAGCAUCAGUUACCUUCUAUAAAAAAGUAAAAUGAUCAACUUAAAUCUUGUAUGACAGUAAAGAGCUCAUGAACCUGUAUAACACAUUAUGGGACUGAUUCAAAACACAGUGAAUAAUUAUGACGAGCCUAGUUUAUAACAAGGCUUUGAAAUGGACGGACUUAGCUCAUCCAUUUAAAUUCCUUUCCAUUUGGAAAGUAUUGAUACAUUUAUGAAAUAAAAUGAGUUUGUUCAAUAGAUAGAUCUGGAUUUGUACAGAUAUUUAGAAAAAAACAUUUUUUCACUCUCGCAAUUUGAGAUAAUGUUCCUUUAGGGCAUAUAAAUGUUGUUCCUAGACUAGAGUGCACAUUAAACACUUUUUGGCCAUCAGUGCAAAUGAACCACAUAUUCAGUCGAACUGAAGAGAACAAUGAAGUAGUUUACAGCUCCCUCUUAACAAAAUGGUCUUGUAGCAUGAAUCCAAAUUGUCACAUUAAUCAGACAUUAAUCAUCUUCCUUGAAUGAGUUAUUGAAAUUCAGAACAAUUAGAUAAUUGUACAAUACCACAAAGAGAGCACUUGUGAUAUUGAUUGACACACGUGUUUCUAUUUUUGAUGUGUUGGAUUGCCGCUUUAUUAACAUCACAGAAAAUUAAUCCGACAGUUAUCCAAUCACCAUCAACCCAAUGACAGGUGAGCAUGUCUAUAAUGUGAAAGCACUAUUUUGCCUCAAACAGUCGAAAAAAAACCCAGAGCCCGUUCAAAACUUGCCAUUUUUAUGUAAUUUUCAACAAUGCUGUGACAAUGAGGCAACCUCCAUCAGGUUGUCCCAUCAGGUCUGACUGCUCUGGUUGCAGUCGCUUGCUGCUAAACAAAUAUUCAAAGAGUCAAAUGUGAAAAACAAAAACUAUUUAAAUACACUUUUCUUCAAACUGUCAUUAAUUGAAUUCACUUUGAUGUUUUUAAAAGAUUCAUGUACAUGUAGAGAUUAAUGGAAAGGUUUAUUUUGUUAUCAUCAACCUCCAAACAUUGUGUUGUAUCAAGCACUAUGUGUAUGACAAUCUAAACAUCUAGCAUCGUACAAUCACUGGAACCUGGUCUGUGUUGUCACAUCAUUUUUUUAUUUUUUUUUGCUGGGUACCGUAAAACAGGUGUAUACAAAUACCUUGUGGAGUAGCUCAAGAGCUCAUCACAUGAGUCUGAAAUAGUGGUCAAAAGAAGGUCAUAAUCGGUUUCUUUCCAAAGGCAUCUUGUAGAACACAAAACAGGACUAUUUGCAUGCAUCUUUUUUUACAUAGGCGUGACAUUUUUAAAUGUAUUAUACUCUUGUACAGCCUAAUCACAAUUUGUACAUUAACACAUAUUUUUGUAUCAAGGUUGAUUUGCCAUGCAUUGUUUGUUGAGGAGGAAAAAAUACCAAUGUGUAUUUGUAUCUUUUGGCUAUAUCUGAAGUUAAAUUCACACUCAGUGUUGCUGAAAAAUGAAUGAAGACCUGCAAUCUCUAUAUGUUCACAUUGGCCUUAUGAUUGGCCUGCACUUUCAAAAAGUGUUAUUGCCUAUUAUUUGCUUUCAUGGUCACCACAAUCAAUACACUCUCAUGCAUCGUCACAAAUUUAGCCAGCAGUUGUCAUCAAUGGGAAAUGGUGCCUUAUUGGAGCAUAUUUACGUGGUACUGUGUAUUGACUUGGUCAUUGUUGGGACAGGAAUAUUUGUUUUUCCAUUGUAGGUUGUUGAAGGUCAUUGAAGUUCUGGACUGGUUUUAGUUUCAUUAAAAAUACAAAGCUCUUUUUUUUCUCCUUCCAUGUCUGUAUUUGGUUUUAUACUUAUAUGCAUGACAAUUGUCAAUGACCUUUGUAUGUGUACUGAACUUUUGCGAAGGCUGUUCCUCUCUUGCCACUUGGCAAGGUUCUACUUUGUAAUCAAUUAAUGUAAAUCCCCAUGGGGUGAGGUUC